AUGGCCGAGUAUUAUGUUGGCGGCGAAGUCGUCGGUCCGUCAGGACAAGACGACCAGAAUCUCGGAGCUCUACAAUUCGCAGCCAAACUCCAUGAGUUUCUGAUGCUUCCAUCGUUGACAGCUGUGCUCUUCACCUAUAUCCGGUGCGAGUGGGUUUUUGGUGAAGGCAUUCCCCACGAAGCUUGGACUGCUAGCUUUGAAACCGAGAAAUUCUGCAUUCCGCACCCAUCUAAGCGCUGGGGUGUGAUUUGGCCCGAGUGGAAACGAGCGCACAAGAAGUGUAGCGUCAGAGCCGUCGCCACGUUCCCCAAAGCAAGUCCAGGCAACUCUCGAGUAUACUCCUUCACUAUCAACAGUAGGUCUGCCAACACAACAAUCUCAGCGAAACCGGACAACCCCAAAGUCGUCACGGGCAAUCCGGAAGACUUCCAUGUCGUCUGCUACCAACAACCCACUCUUGCCGCGGACCGUGAUCGGCGUCGAAUGGGCGGAUCUCCUCUUCCCCGAGCUGCCAGGAGCAGAGAAGAACGCAACUACCGCAUUCUCCGUCACCACGGCCACAGCCGGGAUGUGUAA